CCUAAACCUAAACAGCCUUGAUUUUUGGUACUAAACCAAACGUUGGCCGUCAACAACUCAUCGCCGGUCAGACCUUGCCGGUUCGGAUCUUGUCUUCCUCGUCGCUUCCCCUGCCGCUCUAAGUUCCUUUUUGAAAUUCAAGCACAACCUUUCUUUGAAACACAUGUUACUCUAUUGAUAUCAAAUGGUUAUCAUUUGAAACACUUAGCAAAUGUCAAUUUUGUUUUCCUUCAUAAUUUGGUUUUUUGAGGAGUUGUAUACUAAAAGCAACAGAUUAGAAAACAAAAGGAAGAACUUAGUCAUUAUUUUUAAUUGAUUAAGUAGGAUUUUGACCAAAGUGUUACUUUUCUGUGAAUUUGACGGUCUGGUUUAUAAACGUUCAGUCUUUCUUACAUGAUGUUCUCGGUUAAGUCAGUUAACUGAUCGACUAAAUUCGGUGUCAUUAUUUCAGUUUCCAGCAAGUUUGAUUUGGUUUUAGGUUAUCAUGUUUAUGAAGUCAAUCGAAAAAGGAAGAACUUUAGUCAUUAUUUUUACUUGGUUAAGAAGGAAUUUAAACAAAGUGUUACUUUACUUUGAAUCUGAGCAUUCUGGUUGAUAGACAUUCAGUCUUCCUUACAUGAUGUUCUUGGUUAAGUCGGUUAACUGAUCGAAAAAAUCCGGUGCCAUUAUUUCAGUUUCCAGCAAGGUUGAUUCAGUUUUAGGUUAUCAUAUUGAUUAAGUCAAUCGAAUCAAUUUUCCAAAUUUUAACCUAAUUUUUAUGAUUUUCAAUAGCAGUAGUGGCAUUGUCUGCCACCGCUAAAGGCUUUGAUAGCGGUUUAAUCUCUCAUUUAUAGGUUUUCAUCUUCUUUCCAUACAUUGCAGGUGAUAAUUCAUAAAACGGAUCAUCUCUGUUUUUUUUAAUCUUCUGCAGCAACUGUUGUAAUUACAAUGGACAAUGAUGAUUGGGAAAGUUGUUCAGACAAUGACGUCUAUCUUAAAGACAGAAACGAGGACGAUGAUGAAGAGGAUUGCUACUCAUCCGGGUUCGUAUCCACAUUACAGUUUAGGAAAGAUAUCUCGAAGGCUCUAUGGAUUGAUGAUUUGGCUAAGGCCGAGGUUGUUGAAAAGAAGGGUAAGAUGUGGGUGACUAUGGGGACCGUUUGCAAUGGCAGCACAUAUUGCUCCAUCGAGGAAACUCUGUUUUUGGUUGAAAUAGGGGCCUUGCAUGUUUUAGAUCAAAAUGGUGUGUAUCUUUCUCUAAAAGAACUAUACGAGAAACUUUCAGAUGGAAAAAGUGGAUGCAAUUGGGAGCUUUUUGAGGCAUAUAGGCACCUGAAAUCUCUUGGUUAUGUAGUUGGGCGCCAUGGCAUCCCUUGGUCUGUGAAGGGUCAAAAGAUCAAGUCUGGAACCUGUUCACUCAAGAGCAGCCAAGAGAGUAAUGAGCUGCUAGAAAUGGAGCAAGAAAACAAGAAUUCCAUCGUUGAGUUGUUCAAUAAUAUGUGGAUUACAGAAGUGACUCCGGCUUUUCAUGUUUAUCUUCCGAACAGCAAGUUUAGAAAGUCUUCUCCGGGUGAUCCGAGUUUUAUUCUGUGCAUGAGUAGGGGCAAUCCACCAUCCAGAGUUGAAAUCGAGGCUGUCGAAAGAAAACAUGGCUCCAUCCCUUUGAAGUUCUGUCACAUAGAAAACGGGCGUGUCAGCUUCUUCUCCAUUGCUAAGGUCGAUCUGCCAGUCUUACCUUGAAACAUUUUGCUGUCUUACAGAUAGAAUUCUUGAAGUCGACAGUCCUUGUUAUUAUAUGUCAUUUAU